AUGUCCAACGGAUAUCGAUUCGCAUAUUCUUCCCAGCCCCAGCGGUUGGUGAAGGAGGUGCAGUUCGGAGUUCUCAGUCCAGAGGAAAUUAACAAGAUGUCGGUUUGCAAAAUCGAGUUCCCUGAGACUACGGACGAGACAGGAAAGCCAAGGGCAAAUGGUCUGUCGGAUCCUCGCCUAGGCACAGUUGACCGCAACUUCAAGUGUCAGACUUGUGGUGAGGGCAUGGCAGAAUGUCCCGGUCACUUUGGUCACCUCGACCUUGCACGGCCCGUCUACCACAUCGGAUUCAUCAACAAGAUCAAGAAGAUCUUGGAGAGCGUCUGUGUGCACUGUGGCAAGCUGAAGGCUGACGCAUUGACUACAGACGGCUUCGCAGAAGAGCUGCGUUUGACGAGCAAGAACCGCAAGCGCAGGUUCCAGAAGGUGUGGGAGCGCUGCUCCAAAAUUGCCACCUGUGAGGCUGAUGAACCGAAAGAAGAAGAUGAAAUGGGAGAUGGCGAGGAGAAGGUCUCUCACGGUGGGUGUGGUCAGGAGCAGCCUGCCAUCCGAAGGGAAGGCCUGCGUCUCUACACACAGUGGAAGAAGACAAAGGAAGACAACGAGGAUGGUCAGGGCCCGAAGAUGGCACAGCCCGAGAGGAAGAAGCUUUCUGCUGCCGAGGCUCUUGCUAUUCUCAAGAGGAUUCCUGACGAAGACAUCGACGUCAUGGGUCUUUCUAGAGAGUGGGCGAGACCAGAAUGGAUGAUCAUGACGGUCAUGCCUGUUCCUCCUCCGCCGGUACGACCCGGUAUCUCGGAGGGCGGCACAGCCAAGGGCGAAGAUGAUUUGACCUACAAGCUAGCAGAGAUCAUCAAGGCUUCGCAGCAGCUUAAACGCUUCGAGGAGGAAGGUGCACCUCCUCACAUUGUGGACGAAUUUGAAGACGUCCUUCAGUAUCACACGGCUACCUAUAUGGACAACGAUAUCGCCGGUAUUCCCCAAGCCCUUCAGAAGAGCGGACGACCGGUCAAAUCGAUCCGAGCUCGUCUGAAGGGAAAGGAGGGUCGUUUGCGAGGAAAUCUGAUGGGAAAGCGAGUCGACUUCUCAGCUCGUACCGUCAUUACUGGUGACCCGCAUCUGGACCUUGAUCAAGUCGGAGUACCUAAAAGUAUGGCCCGCAACUUGACCUACCCAGAGCGGGUCACCCCCUACAACAUCUCUUACCUGCAGCAGCUCGUCAGGAACGGGCCUACGGAGUGGCCAGGGGCGAGAUAUGUCAUUCGAGACACCGGAGAGCGUAUCGACCUCAAGUACAAUCGGCGAGGAGACAUGGCUCUGCAAUUCGGCUGGAUCGUCGAGCGUCAUCUUAAGGAUGGUGAUUACGUCCUUUUCAACCGUCAGCCCAGUCUUCACAAGAUGAGUAUGAUGUGCCACAGGAUCAAGUUGAUGGACUACUCGACGUUCCGUCUCAACCUCUCGGUCACGCCUCCGUACAACGCUGACUUCGAUGGAGACGAAAUGAAUUUGCACGUUCCGCAAAGCGAAGAGUCGAGAGCAGAGCUGAGCCAGAUCGCUUGGGUGCCACGGCAGAUUGUGUCACCCCAGGCAAACAAGCCUUGCAUGGGCAUCGUGCAGGAUACGCUCUGUGGUGUUCGUAAGUUCACACUUCGAGACAUGUUGAUGGACUUUGAACAGGUUCAGCAGGUGCUCCUUUACGUGCCAGAGUGGAACGGCGAGAUGCCUAUGCCAUGCAUCCUCAAGCCAAGACCGUACUGGUCCGGCAAGCAAAUCUUGUCGAUGUGCAUCCCUAAGGGUAUCAACAUCUUCCAGGGCAGUGAGGCAUUGAAACCGACCACCAACAACUUUGCCGACACCGGCGUCCACAUUGAAGACGGCGAAAUCCUCUUCGGUGUCAUCAACAAGAAGAUUGUAGGUGCUCAGGCUGGUGGCCUUAUCGACAUCAUCUUCAGGGAGAAGGGACAUGUGACAUGUCGCGACUUCUUUGGAGGAUGUCAACGGGUUGUCAACUUCUGGUUGCUCCACAACGGGUUCAGCAUCGGUAUUGGAGACACCGUCGCAGACAAAGCUACCGCUGCUUUCGUCACAAGUGCUAUUCAGCAGGCCAAGACGGAGGUAGCGCGACUGAUCGAGGACGCGCGCCUUGACAAGCUCGGGACAGAGCCAGGAAUGACACUGCGAGAAUCAUUCGAGGCGGCUGUCAACAAGACACUCAACACCGCUCGUGACUCUGCUGGUACCAAUGCCGAGAAGAGUUUGCCCGAUUGGAACAAUGUCAAGCAGAUGGUCAUUGCUGGUUCCAAGGGAUCUUUCAUCAACAUCUCCCAGAUGUCCGCAUGCGUCGGUCAGCAGAGUGUAGAGGGAAAGCGUAUUCCCUUCGGGUUCAGACAUCGUACACUGCCUCACUUUGCAAAGGAUGACUUCACUCCGGAGAGCAGAGGCUUCGUCGAGAACUCGUAUCUCAGGGGCCUGACCCCACAGGAGUUCUUCUUCCACGCAAUGGCAGGUCGAGAAGGUCUGAUCGACACGGCGGUCAAGACGGCCGAGACGGGUUAUAUCCAGCGUCGUCUGGUGAAGGCGUUGGAAGACGUCAUGAUCUGCUACGACGGAACGGUGAGAAACUCGACCAACAGUGUGAUUCAAUUCGCUUACGGAGAAGACGGCAUUGACGGAGCCAAGGUCGAGAGACAAAAUCUCCUCACGCAUACACUCACUCAUUCGGAGUUCCGAAGGCGCUUUAGGGUGGAUCUGCAGGAGGGAGGCUUCCGCAAAGGCAGUCUUCAGGCUGGUCUGGAUGACUGGUCACCAGAGCUGCAAGACUUGUUGGACGAAGAGUACACACAGCUAGAGCAGGAUCGCAAAGAUCUUCGAGGAUUCAUCUUCAAGACCGACAGGAACGACGUUCAGCUGCCCAUCAACAUUGCUCGUUUGGUACUCAAUGCCAAGCAAGAGUUCAGGGUAGACCCUCGCAAGCCUAGUGACUUGUCUCCCGCCGAUCUUAUUCAUGCGGUACGCGAAACCCUGGACAGGCUCAUCAUUGUUCGAGGCAAAGAUCGAAUUAGCAAGGAGGCACAAAUCAACAGUACACUGCUUCUGAAGAUCCACCUUCGAGCUUACCUCGCCAGCAAGAACGUCAUCGAAUACCUCAGACUCGAUCGGAGAUCGUUCGAGUUCGUCCUUGGCGAGAUUGAAGAUCAAUUCGCGAAAGCUGUGGCAAACCCCGGAGAAAUGUGUGGCACUCUGGCCGCUCAGUCGAUCGGAGAGCCUGCGACCCAGAUGACGCUGAACACGUUCCACUAUGCUGGAGUCGCUAGUAAGAACGUCACAUUGGGAGUGCCGCGUCUGAAGGAGAUCAUCAAUUGUGCCGAAAACAUCAAGACCCCCAUGGUCAAGGUGUAUCUGAAGGCUCCCUACAAUGGAUGGGGAGAUCACAGCGAGAAUCAGCAGGCGCUGGCCAAGCCGAUUCAGGCUGCGCUGACGCAUACGACGCUGCAGACUGUCACUGGUGCCGUCGAGAUUCAUUACGAUCCUGACCCGACAAAUACGAAGAUCGCCGAGGACCAAGACUUCGUGGAGUCUUUCUUCGCCGUGCCCGACGAAGAGGUAGAGCGGACGCUGGACCGUCAGUCGCCUUGGCUGCUCCGCUUGAUCCUGGAUCGUGGUCAGAUGCUUGACAAGAAUCUCACAAUGGCAGAGGUAGCUGCUGAGGUAUCGCGGAUGUUCGGAGACGACGUCUUUGUGAUGCAUUCCGAAGACAAUGCGGACCAGCUCGUCUUGCGAGUGAGGACGGUCAACAAUGAGCCCGACAAGGAAGCCAUGAUCGUCGACGAGGAGACUUUCUUGAAGCAACUGGCUAUCCAGAUGCUGACAAGUAUCGAUCUGAAGGGUAUCAAGGGAAUCCGAAAAGUCUUCAUUACGAAGACCGACAAGGACGCGAUGCGCAUCAAUGCCACUACAGGAGCAUGGGAGAAGGUGCAGGAGAACAUGCUUGAGACAGAGGGCACCAACUUCAGGGAGAUCCUUGCCGCCGAUCACGUCGAUCCGAACCGCACAGUCUCGAACAACUGUGUCGAGGUCUUCCACGUUCUGGGUAUCGAAGCUGCUCGCAUGUCUCUACUACGGGAGAGUAAGCAGGUCAUUGAGUUCGACGGUUCGUACGUCAACUACCGUCACUUGGCCUUGCUAUGUGACAUUAUGACCAGUCAGGGUAUCCUCAUGGCAAUCACAAGACACGGUAUCAACCGGACGAACCAAGGAGCACUUAUGCGCUGCUCCUUCGAAGAGACCGUUGAGAUCUUGAUGGAAGCCGCAGCGAUGGGAGACAUCGAUGACUGCAAGGGCGUCGCUGAGAACGUCUUGCUGGGUCAGAUGGCGCCUAUGGGCACGGGUGCGUUCAGCGUCAAGCUCGAUGUCGAAGCUCUCAAGGACGUCAUUGUCGACUACCGAAUGCCUGUGCAGGCAAUGAUGGCUGCUGCAAUUGACCCUUCGGGCAGCAAGACACCUGGUGGUAUGAUGACUCCGUACGACUCGACAUCACCUCUGGGAGACGAUGCUUUCGGAGUGCAGGAUCAGGCAAUGUUCUCCCCAUUGGCUCAGCCCGGGGAAGAUGCUUACGAUGGAUGGCUUGCUCCUGGACAGAGUCCAAUGCGAACGCCAAUGGGUGGCCAGUCACCGGGUGCCGGUCUGUAUGGAGCUUCGCCAGGCUAUUCGCCAGCGUCUCCGGCCUAUGCAGCGAUGUCUCCUGGCCGUGGCGGCAUCUCGCCUUGGGUGGCACGUGGUGCUGCUUCGCCGAGUGCUGGCUACAGCCCGGCUUCCCCCAAUAUCAACUUCGGAGCCACAUCGCCGAGCUACAGCCCUACGUCUCCUUCGUUCAGCCCAAGCUCACCGAGCUUUUCGCCCACGUCGCCAAGAGGCUACAGCCCUGCGUCGCCGAGCUUCUCGCCAACGUCGCCAAGGCAAGCGUCACCCACAUCGCCGUCCUAUUCGCCUGCCUCGCCGCGGUGGAGUCCGACUUCGCCCAAGGGCUACUCUCCUGCUUCGCCGGCUUAUUCUCCCUCCUCGCCUCGCUUUGCUGGUGCAACGUCGCCCAAGAUGCCUGGAAUGUCGCCAACGAGUCCAGCCUACUCGCCGACGAGUCCUCAGUACUCUCCCACCUCACCACAGUACUCCCCAGCCUCGCCUCAGUACUCGCCGACAUCCCCGCAGUACUCGCCUACCUCUCCGCAAUACUCUCCCGCUUCACCAGCCUACUCUCCCUCGUCGCCAAAGUGGUCUCCGACGUCGCCCCAGGCCAAUGGAGCACCCAAUGGCAACGGUGCGAGUGGUUCGCGGCCGAGCGGCGCCUCCUCGCCCAACAGAAGCCGCUUUACGCAGCAGAGCUCCUGGGCUUCUGGCGGACGGCGGUGA